UCUCUAAGCACAAUUGACAACGAGCGGUGAUAAUGAUAUGUCAUCAGAUCUCCACCGCUCUCAUACAUCUAAAAUUAACGACAUCUACCCCUGAUCCAACCAACGAACUAUCUCCGAAUCCCUCGUGGUGUACAUCACAAGGUAAAACUGAUCACUAUCAACAAGGAUCUGGACGUGUUGUCAGUAUCCUCAACUUCCAGAAACCCGUACUACUUACUACAAGGACCGGGAACGUAUUCCUAAUAAUAGAAAUCAAUGGCAGAUCAUUUUCACGAAGAUGAUUUCAGCUGCUACACGUCGUGCCCUGGUAUAUAAGUGUCAUAACAUUCCCCGAAGCUCAACGUUGCAACGCUCACUCCUCAAAUGUCGUCGCUUACCCCAGAACUCGCUGCUAGUUUUCCCCUUGGCAAUUUUAGCAUGGGAACAACACUAGGAGCGAUUUAUAUUGGAGCUACUAUAUCUGCGGUCUUUUAUGGACUAACCAUCCUGCAGACCGCCGCCUAUUACAAACUGAAUCAUAAUGAUCCGUGGCUCUUUCGGUACAUGGUCGCCAUACUAUGGGUACUCGACACGCUUCAUGUUGCGCUGACAACUCACGCACUCUAUUUCUACCUUAUCAAAUCCUUUGGGAAUUAUUUCGCUCUGCUGAGCGUUAUUUGGAGCUUUCCGUUGCAGCUCGUGUUCGACAUGUUGAUCAAUAUUAGCGUCCAAGCGUUAUACGCUGUCAGAAUAUGGAAACUCGGGCGUCAUUUUGACAUGGUCUUGCCACGGUUUAUUCUUGUUGCUGUCGUAGCAUCCACGUCCGGGACAGGUUUCUACAUGCUUUACAGCAUCUACACCCUCGCGAACUUUUUAGACAUUCCAAGGAUCAGGGUAUCAAUAUACAUUGUCUUCUCUAUGAUGGUGGCGGCCGAUUUCACCAUUUCCGGCGCAAUGUGUUUUUACCUACACAAGGGCAGGUCGAUGACUAGCUUGUCCAGUACUACGAGAUCAAUUGCCAGACUGAUAUGGGCCGUACUAAUAUCGGGGCUUCUGACAAGCAUCUGUUACCUUCUUGUUCUUAUAACGUACAUUGUCUGGCCGGAUACUCUCAUUUUUAUUGCCGUUGGUGCCUUCAUCCUACCAAAACUUUAUAUAAAUUCCCUACUCGCAAUGUGGGUCUAAAGUCCGUCGUCCUAGUUUAAAUUUGAUAGUUCUUCCCAGGCUCAAUUCGCGCAAAAGUUCAAUCUGGUCGGUCGGAAAAGACCGAAUUGUUGAUCAAAAUAUGAUGAGAUUUGCUCCUCAUAGUGCUGGAAGUGGGAUGGGACAGACAAAUAUUACUAUCCCUGGUCUCUCCAUGACUGGAGCAGAGACGGUGCGUAGCGCGUUCCGUGAACUGUAAAGCAUUAAACGACUUGAAACUCCUUUGCAGAAUAUUAGUAUACUUCUACCUGUAGCGGAAGGAGAUCAUUCCAACGGUAGCACGGGUGGUAUGACAUUUGCGUAAUGACAUGUCCUAUUUAAUUCGAUUAUAUGACCUACAUUUCAAUGACAAUUGCUAGUUUUUCCACAUCCCGUCAAAGCCUAUG